GGGCGUGGAGUGGGCAAAGCGGGAGAGCAGAGCGGCCGUCUCCCCCGCCCCCAAAACCAGAGGGUCCUCACCAUGGAUCUUUCCAGUUCACUGACUUCAACCAGUGAUGCUGAUACAAGUGCACUCAAUGCAUUGCUUGAUGCUUUCAGUUGCGCCUUUUCACUCGAAGAUAUUGCCAAUGCAUACUGCAGAGCCAAGGGCGAUGUCAACAAAGCUGGGGAUUUCUUGACUGACCUUCAACUUUCGAUGCCCCAGGAUAAUGAAGUUGACCCAAGUGUUGAGAGCAAUCUUCCCCAGAGUAGUAAUGCAGUUGAAGGGAAUUGCAUGGAUAACUCAAAGCAAACAGGAACUCUUUCCUGUAUCGAGAAAGCAGCUGAAGAAAGCUAUGUGGAGAACUCAAGCCAAACAAGACCACGUGAAAAGUUGCAGAAGUCUACUGCUUCAUUUGGCACUGUAUCCAGCAUGGUAGGAAAAGGAUCUGCCAGGGCUUAUACUAUUCCUGCAAAAAGAGCAUCAGAGAAAGAAAAACCUCUGAAGGUUGAACUGCCAGAGUACAUGCGAGACGAUCUGAAAACAGAUGAAUCUGAUUCUGCACCCAGGAGAGAGACUUUGGAUAACAGAGAUGUUGAGGAAUUCCUAUUUUCUAUGCUUGGAGAAGGAUUUAAGCUCAACAUGGAAGUGAUCCGUCAGGUGCUAGGUAGCUGUGGAUAUGAUAUCAAGAAGAGCAUGGAGGAAUUGAUCUCAUUUUCUGCAAAUGAUCUGGGCAAAAAACCAGUGAACGAAGAGGUACAAGACAUGGCAGUCAAAUCUUCUUUUUCCACGGGAAGCAGUCUAGGAUCACAAUCCACAUCUAGUGCCCAUUCUUUGAGGGAGGAUAAACAUAACCCAAGACCACAGAUUACUCCAGGAGAGUUGCUAGAAUCAAUGUUCACUGCACCUGAGAGAUGUGAGGAGGAACCGAAAGGAAGACGGUAUGAAUUGGGUGCGAAUCGGAGGAGAGUUCUUGAUCAGAAACCAGUUUUAAAACCUCUUGAGGACAUUUCACCAUCCUCUACAGAUCUUCCAGUGAAAAUUAUCCUAGGCAGCAAAGAACCAGUUGUGGGUGAUGAGGAUGAUUAUGAGAACUACCGUAAAGCUGCAAAGCAGCACUUGGAUAUGAUGAAGCAGUACUACUACAAGGCUGCAGAUGCUUUUCGGGCGGGUAACAAGACAGAAACAGACUAUUUUCUUAAGGAAGGAAAGAACUAUUAUAGGAUGGCUCGAUUAUCUGAAGAAAAAUCUUCUGGGGAGAUCACAAAGUCCAAACAAGAGUUAAAGAAUGAGUUAUGUCUUGAUCUACGCUCACAAGAUGCUGCAAACGUAGCAAAUCUUCUGAGACUUCAUCUUAGACAGUUGGCUAACAUCCCAUCUUUUGAUAACUUGCGAGUUAUUAUUGGUGUUGAUGAUGGCACCUUCAAGAUGGGACAAAGAAGGAGAAAGGUGGAGAAGUUUCUGGAGAAGAAAUCAGUCCAAUGGACUGAAGAUGAGGCCAAUCCCGGGACCCUGCUGAUUCCGAUUAAUCAGGUGAAAGAAUAGGUCGAUGUACAAAGGUGUGUGAAGAACUGACAGAAGAUAUUCGUAGCUGCUAGCCAUAUUAGCAAGUGCCGUUUUGAAUCUAGGUGCUUUCUGUUCACUUCGGGAUAUGAAAGAUGAAAGUCCCUGUGCGUUGCAUUCUUUGUCUUUGCGCAUAACAGAUACUUUCAUCCUAUUUGCUACUUCGGUAGUGGCCUACAUGAAGAAAGCUUGCACGAGGAUCUGGCUGAAUUGUUUGAGUAAAAAAUCUUAAGCAUCGAA